CCUUUCUCCUUCCUUUUCCGGUGUAGGAAGUUACCGUGCCUAAGGUGUUUGGUUCUUCAUCCGAAGCUAAGGCCCACAAUCCGGCGGCUAGCACCACAAUAUUUAGGCAUCCAACGGCCAAACUACCAAAUCUAACCUUUAAAAUGGCUUCUGUGUCUGAGCUCGCCUGCAUUUACUCCGCUUUGAUUCUCCACGACGAUGAAGUCACCGUCACCGAGGACAAGCUGAAUGCUCUGAUCAAGGCAGCUGGAGUCACCGUGGAGCCCUUCUGGCCCAGUCUGUUUGCUAAGGCUCUGUCCAGUGUUGACAUCGGAAGCCUGAUCUGCAACGUUGGAGCCGGAGGUGGUGCUCCCGCUGGAGCCCCUGCAGCUGGAGCUGCUGCAGCAGCUGGAGACGCACCAGCUAAAGAGGAGGAGAAGAAGGAAGAGAAGAAGGAGGAGUCUGAGGAGUCUGAUGAUGACAUGGGCUUCGGUCUCUUUGAUUAAAACUGUUUUUGUAACAAAACUCAAUAAAAGUACAAAAAUAGUG